CUGUAAUGGCAUCUUUUCAGCAAACCACGUUCAGCAAUGGCUAAGAAGAAAGCUACCGCGAAGAAGGAGGCUGGGGCCGGUAAGAAGGGGAAGAAGAAGGGCGGUCCUCAGACCGAGGAAACCCCUGAUACGCCUCCCGUUGUUGAUCCUUUCGCAGAGGAAGGCGGCGAGGAAGGCGAAAACGCAGAGCGCGACCCAGACACUCAAGAACAGGGCGGCGACCUCAGUGCCGAACCAGAGGCUGGGGCUGAGCAAGCUCAACCUACCGAGACGGCGACUGGUGGGGAGCAGGGGAACGCCGCAGAGAAGGAGAAUGUAGAACCCGUCAGCAGCUGGGAUGAUCCUUGGGGUGAAGUUACAGGCGGCAGGGCUGGGCAGGCUGCGACCGAGGGAGAGACGGGCGCUAAUGGCGGCGAAACGGCCAUGAUGGAGAGCGAGACCACUCCCCCGGUUGAGUUCCUGCACGAUGAGCCAGAGACGCCCGCUGACUCCCAGCCUGGGGGGCAGGAGGAGGCGGUGCUGUCACCUCUUGACGGACAGUUCUCUGCAUUCCAAGACUUUGGUUUGACUCGAUCCCAAACAGAUCCCCCAGUCAUCGAGUUCCUGGGAAAUGAGCCGAACGAGACGCCCGCCAUGGAAGACCCGCAUCCAGUCGCAUCGGAUGUUCCUGACCCUCCCAUAAUAUGGUACUGCUCGGGUACCAAGGUUACGGAGUCUUUGGGCGAGAAGAUUGACUCGAAGGCUCGCGAGGAUGUCCACAAGAGUUUACCCAACUAUUCUCCGACCACUUGGGAGGAAUGGGAACAAUUCAUAGCCGACCAGAAGGAAGGGAAGGGAGCAGAACGCGACCUCAGACGUGUGAUGUGCUAUUUCUCCAUCCUGAAGAUCAACGGUCAGGGUAGUAUCCAGCUGGUCUCACAAUUCGCGGAACAGCCAAUCGAUCUGCAGCAAGGCGACUCAAUGAUUAUCCCCGCUGUCGAUCUGCCGCCUGCCGUAUUCAAACGCGACUAUAGAAGACGAAAGACAAAGACCAAGUCUGUCUUCAAGACACCUUUGAUGAAUGAUAUCCUCAUAGAGGGCAGGAUGCAAGUGCUCGCUAUCAUGUCAUACUGGGUCCCGAACGACCAGUAA